GCGGCGACGCAGCCGGACUGCGGGUUUUUUGCCUCCGCAGGGGCGGGAUGGGGCCGGGCCAGGGGCGGAGCUCUCCGCCCGGCCCUCCAGUUCUCGCCUCUGAUUGAGCGGGGCGGGCAGGGGGCGGGCCCCGGGGCCGUCUAGGUUUGACAGCUGUUUCUCACACAACCGCAGCGGAGUUCGGUGGGUCUGGGAACUGUGGCCUGGCUCUCCGCGCGUCCCCGUCCCCCCGUGGCCCUGGCCCGGCCAUGAAGCGCUUCUUCUCCUGCUCCAGUUCCCAAGUGGCGUCUAGCCAGCCUGACAAGCAUUGCCAGAGGACGCGAGGUUGCCUGCCAAGGGACUGGGUGGAGAAAUGGAACCGCCGUGAUCAGAAGCUGCUGGAGGCAGUACAGCGGGGGGAUGUGGGACGCGUGGCUGCCCUGGCCUCUAGGAAGUCUGCCCGACCCACCAAGCUAGACUCAAAUGGCCAGUCCCCGUUUCAUCUGGCAGCUUCCAAAGGCCUGACAGAGUGUCUGAGUAUCCUGCUUGCGAAUGGGGCUGACAUCAACAGCAAGAACGAGGAUGGAAGCACUGCCCUGCAUUUGGCCACCAUCUCCUGUCAGCCACAGUGUGUCAAGGUCCUGCUGCAGCAUGGUGCUAAUGAAGAUGCUGUGGAUGCAGAAAACCGCAGUCCACUGCAUUGGGCAGCCUCUUCUGGCUGUGCCUCAAGUGUGCUCCUGCUCUGUGACCACGAAGCUUUCCUGGACGUGCUGGAUAACGAUGGACGCACACCCCUGAUGAUCGCGUCACUGGGUGGUCAUGCAGCUAUCUGCUCCCAGCUUCUACAGAGAGGAGCCCGAGUCAAUGUCUCAGACAAGGAUGACAAAUCCGCUCUGAUUCUGGCUUGUGAGAAAGGCAGUGCCGAGGUGGCUGAGCUCCUCCUGAGCCAUGGCGCAGAUGCAGGGGCGGUGGACAGCAGGGGGCACGACGCUCUGCAUUACGCUCUGCGCACACAAGACCAAGUGCUCUGGAGGCUGCUGCGCCAGGCCCUGAAUCGGAGGCGGCGAGGAGGUCAGAGGCUGGUUCAACACCCGGAUCUUGCAUCCCAGGCCUCUCCAUCUGGGCCCCAUGUGGGUUCCCCACCUAAGAGCCCAUGGAAAGCAGAGCCUGAGGAGGAGCAGGAAGAAGGGGAGGAUGAAGACCCAUGCUCAGAAGAGUGGAGGUGGAAGUAUGAAGAAGAACAGAAGAAAGUCUCUCAGUUGGAACAGGAGCUAGUUCAAAAGACAGAAGAGUGUAAGGCACAGGCUGCAGCCUACUUGGGCCUGGAGAACCUGAUUCGAGAGCAGGUGCAGGAGCUAGGGCUCCUUCUGUCCCAAGAGCCUAGAGCUGCGGGAGGGCAGGGUGCUAGACUCCGGCCUGGAGGAGAUGGCAUGGAGCAAGGCUGUCCCCUGGACCUGUUGGCUGAGCGUAUACAAGAGCUAAAGAAGCAGCAGCAAGCAGCAGCCAUAGUCAGCCAAAAGGCCACGGGGGUUGAGGAGUCACCCCCAGGAGAGAUGCGGCAUGAAGUCCACGGAAAGUCUCACUCAGAACAGGGCUCCCCCCAGAGCCCAGGGCCUGAGGCUCCCAGAAGGGCCGCAGGACAACUGACCACUGGAGGACAGACCCUUGUCUCCAGUCAUACUGGCCAGCAGCCUGCUGAUGAGAAAGAGAGGCCCCAGGCCUCAGGGGUUGAAACAACAGACACAGCAGCUGAACCGGUGGGCGCAGCAGCCAUGAACCAGCUCCUGGCACAACUAAGGGAGGAGCUGGCUGCAGUGUGGCGAGAAAAGGAUGCUGCUCGAGGGGCUUUGUCAAGACCAAUCCUGGAGGGAGCCUUGGGGACUCCCCGGGCUGAGGCUGCUGCAGCUGCCUGGGAAAAAAUGGAAGCCCGGUUGGAGCAGGUGCUGGUGAGGCUGGAUCGGGCAAAGGCAGGCUUACAGGUGAAGCCUGAGGUUCCUGUCCAAGAGUCCAGGGCAGGAAUCCCAAAGGCAGCCCCGGAGUGCAACAAAGAGCAUGGUGAGGAGAAGAGGAGGGGCCCUGGAGCCCGAGGAGAACCUCUAGGGGCCCCUGGAGAACAGCUCCCAGGCGGAGGCUUGGCAACAGGACAGCUGGAGAAGGAGGUGUCAGCGCUGAGACGGAGCAACAAUAACUUGCUGGAGGAGUUGGGGGAGCUGGGUCGAGAGCGGCAGCGACUGCAGGGGGAGCUGCAGUCUCUGAGCCAGCGGCUUCAAAGGGAGUUUGUGCCCAAGCCCGAGGCACAGGUCCAGCUGCAGCAGUUGCAGAAGAGUGUGGGGCUGCUGACCGAAGAACUGGCCACGGAGAAGGAGGCCACGGAGAAGUUGCGCAAGCGCCUGGCCUCCCAGAGCAGCAGCCUCCAGGGGCUGUGGGACUGCCUUCCCCCAGACGUGGUGGGCAAAGCCAGUGCCGGGGGCACAGCGGCAGAGCCCCUGGAGGAGCUGCAUGCCUGCAUCAGCACGCUGGUGGACAGGCACCGUGAGGCCCAGCAGGUGCUGGCCCAGCUGGAGGAAGAAAACCAGCGGCUGCAGGCAUCUCUAGGCCCCGAUGGGGAGCCAGGCCCCUUCUUACGGGCCCCAGCCUCCCCACAAGUGGCAGCCCUGGAGCAAGACCUCGGGAGACUAGAGGAAGAGCUUCGGCUGGUUCAGGCCACGAUGAGCGGGAAGAGUCAGGAGAUCACGAAGCUCAAGCAGCUGCUUUAUCAAGCCACAGAGGAAGUGGCUGAGCUGAGAGCCCGGGAGGCUGCCACCCUACGACAGCACGAGAAAACUCGAAGUUCACUGGUGGCCCAGGCCCAGGCUUGGGGCCAGGAGCUAAAGGAUGUGCUGGAAAAGUAUAACACAGCCUGCAGGGAAAUGGGGCGGCUUCGGGAGGCAAUGGCCGAGGAGCGCCGCCGCAGUGGGGACCUGGCUGCCCUGGCCGCUGAGCAGGAGCGCCAAGCCAGGGAGCUCCGCAGUCGCUCUGAGCAGUUUGAGAAAACAGCUGAGCUGCUGAAAGAGAAGAUGGAGCAUCUCAUCGAGGCUUGUAGGGACAAGGAGGCCAAGAUCAAGGAGUUAUUGAAGAAGCUGGAGCAGCUUUCAGAGGAAGUUCUGUCUGUUCGGGGAGAAAAUGCCCGCCUUGCCCUGCAGCUGCAGGACUCCCAGAAGAACAGUGACGAGAUCAUCAGCACCUACAGGAAUCACCUACUGAAUGCCGCUCAGGGCUACAUGGAGCAGGAUGUGUAUAAUAUCCUACUUCGGAUCCUGAGCGUGCAAGAGGAGUGAGGCAGCCUUACUGUGGGUCCUCAGAGGCAAUAAGGACCACCCUUGGUUUCCUGAGGCUCCAUCACGCUGUGGGGGGUG